CUUUGUUGAAUUUAAGACUCUGGAAAUUAUCUUAGGCUGUGUGAUACAUACAGCCCUAAUGUUCAUCUUUUCUGGGCUCUGGGAUCAAUGACCCAGCUUCCUGGAAGUUUCAGGACAAUCCAGAUUUCCCAGAUCCCUGGAGACAUGACUGAACCUAGCUUAUUGACACAUUGCUGGCUGUGACCUAGGAGCCCCCCCCCCAGCCCCAAGCCGUCUCCACUUCACUGAGUUCUUGGUUCAGACCCCAGAACCUGAGCAGACCAUUCUCACUGGGGCAUGUGGGUUCCAGGUGGCCCCACAGGGACCUAGAUGCCCAUGUGACUUAGUCACAGGCUGUAGCACUUCCUCUGUAAAUUUGGCGACUCCUGUCCCCUCUUCCCUCCCAUCCCGGCUGUGCUGGGCCUUGCCAACUCCUCUUGGAGGAAAUUUGCAUCAUGCAGCAGCCUGAGGACUCAGGAGGACUGAUCCACUGAGCCAUGAUCUACUCGGCUGUCCCCCUGCUACUCCUGGCUGUGACUCUCCCUCUGGUGGGGUCACCAGCUGCCCAAGUAUCCCAACCUGGACAGAGUCAGGCUGGAGGGGAAUCGGGGCAGCAACUGAACCAAAAGAGCGGAGCAGGUGAAUCAGUCUUGGUCUCAGUCUAUGUACAGCUGGACUUUUCAAAUCAGACCUGGCCAUUGACACUCUCCAGGACCCUGACUCCCCCCUUUGCCUCGGCCUCCUCUCCCCCAGCAACUCUCGCGGGCCUCGGCCUCACCACAGAGUGUCAUGUCCACCACGAUGGCUGCACCUACUGUGCCUGCCUCCCUGGGUACCAGUGGAACGCCAGUGUCUGCUCCCGUCGCCGUCCCUGCCGGAGUCCCCGCAGCCGCGGGCCCUGUGGCUGUCUGGUCUUCGGCCCUCCUGAAGCCGGGUACUGCCAGCUGCUGCCACCUGCGGCCCCUGCCUCCUGCCUCCCCACAGUCCCCGGAACACUGAGCCUGAACUCCCAGGUGCAGAUGCCUGGCAACACGCUAAACCUGACCCUCGUCACGAGCCAUGAGACCACCAACCGAAACUGGUUCCUGCGGCCUGCGGGAAGCCCCAGACCCAUCCUCCUGCAGCCGGGGACACAGGUGUCCCUGACCUCCAGCCCGGGCCAGGCUGUCCUCAGCAUCCUCAACAUCUCGCAUAAAUGGGCAGGUGAGUACAUGUGCCGCUUCGAAGCUCAGGGAUUCAGGUGGGAGCUGUACCAGGUGGUGAAGGUGCCCCUGCAGGCGACAGACGUGGCCCGGCUUCCCGACCAGCUCUCCAUCUCCUGCGCCACCAGCCCCGGUUUCCAGCUGAGCUGCUGCCUCCCCAGCACACACCUGGUCUACACGGCUUCCUGGAGCCCCGCAGAGGGCAGCAAAGCCUCCUUAGUCAACACGCCAGGCUCCUGGUGCCUCGUGCUGACCGUUCAGCGCUGCCCUGCCGCUGACACCACAUAUACUUGUGAGCUGCAGAGCCCAGGACUGACCCCUCUCAGGGUCCCCGUCUCUGUCACCAUCAUCCAGGACGGAGACACCACCUGCCCUGAGGACUCCUCAGCUGUUGCCUGGAAUGUCACCAAGGCUGGCCACGUGGCACAGGCCCCGUGUCCAGUGAACAGGACAGGUGUGGUGAAGCGGACCUGUGGGCCUGAUGGCAGUUGGGAGCCCAUCCACGGUGGCUGCACGGACGCAGGGGUCCUGGCCUUGUUUCACAGAGCCUGGCUGCUGCGGGCAGGCCAGGGCUGGCCUGCUGUGGAGGCGCCACAGAUCCUGGCUGAGCUGUCGGAGCAGGCGAUGGUGGUGAGCUCGCCCUCUGACUUAUUGGCACUGCUGGGCACCAUAUCCUUCCUGGCCAAGGUGGUGGUGGAUGCCAGAAUACAGCUUAACCGCAGCGCCCUGGAGGCUCUCCUGAAAACCACAGACAAGGUCCUAGACCUGGACACCAGCUCUCUGUGGACCCCAGCCCAGGCCCAGAAGCCCUCGACAGGCUCAGAUCUCCUGCUGGCUGUGGAGACCCUGGCACGCAGUCUGUGCCCUCAGGAUCACCCCUUCUCCUUCAGCUUGCAAAACGUGCGGCUGCAGACCCAGCUGCUUGGGCCGUUUCCCGCUGACUACAGAGUCUCCUUCCCCACUCGGCCCCCACUGCGGGCCCACAUUCCCAGGUGCUCCCUGGCCCCGCUGGGCCGUAACGGCACCAACGUCAGUAUUACUAGCCUGGUGCUGCAGAAACUGGACCGCCUUCUGCCCUCAAGCUACGGGCAGGGGCUGGGGGACUCCGUCUAUGCCACUCCUGGCCUGGUCCUCGCCAUCUCCGUCAUGGCAGGUGGGCAGGCCUUCGACCAGGGAGAAGUCAUCAUGGACUUCGGGGGCACGGGUAGCACUCCGCACUGUGUCUUCUGGGACCACAGCCUCUUCCGGGGCAAGGGGGGCUGGUCAGACGAAGGGUGCCAGGUGCAGUCAGCUCGUGCCAGCCCCACCACCCGGUGCGUCUGUCGGCACCUCACCGCUUUCUCCGUCCUCAUGUCCCCAAACACUCUUCCAGAAAACCUCACUCUGGAGCGGCUGAGUCAGGCGGGCUUGGGGGCCUCCAUCGUGGCACUGCUUGUGUGCCUAGGUGUGUACAGGCUGGUUUGGAGAGUGGUGGUACAGAGCCAAGUCGCCUACUUACGCCACACGGCCCUGCUCAAUGUGGUGCUCUGCCUUUUGGCCGCAGACGCCUGCUUCCUGGGAGCCCCACUGCUUCCUCCGGGGCCCCGAAGCCCGCUCUGCCUGGCCGCUGCCUUCCUCUGUCAUUUCCUCUACCUGGCCACCUUUUUCUGGAUGCUGGCUCAGGCCCUGAUGCUGGCCCACCAGCUGCUCUUCGUCUUCGAUCAGCUGUCCCAGUGCCGAGUACUCUCCCUGAUGGUGGUCCUCGGCUACGUGUGCCCGAUGGGGUUUGCAGGUGCCGCCCUGGCCCUCUACCUACCCCGAGGGCAAUACCUGAGGGAGGGGGCGUGCUGGUUAAGUGGGAAGGGAGGGGCGCUCUACACCUUCGUGGGGCCAGUGCUGGCCAUAGUGGGCGUGAACGGGCUGGUACUCGCCAUGGCCGUGCGGAAGCUCCUGAGGCCUUUGCCGUCAGAGGGGCCCCGGGCGGAGAGGCGCCAAGCCCUUCUGGCGGUGAUCAAAGCCCUGCUCGUUCUCACGCCCAUCUUCGGCCUCACCUGGGGGCUGGGCCUGGCCACCCUGCUGGAGGAAGUCUCCACAGUGCCUCACUACAUCUUCACGAUUCUCAACACCACCCAGGGUGUCUUCAUCUUACUGUUUGGUUGCCUCAUGGACAAGAAGGUACGAGAGGCUUUACUCAAACGCUUCUGCCGCUCCCAGUCCCCCAACUCCACCAUCUCCCUGGCUACAUAUGAAACCUACAUCCCGGAGCAGAGCAAAGGAAGAAGUGAAGACACCAGGUGAGAAGCAGGCCUUCCUGGGGGCAGCGUGCGUGGCAUGGAUGGAAGCGGAGGCUAGCAAAGGGCUUCCUGGCCAAGAAGGCUCCUCUUCACGUGAUUGACGGUCCCGGCCCACGGGU